AUGGCCAGGGGGAUUGUCCUCGGUCUGGCCAUGCUGGGCUUCAGCCUGCAGCCGCUGAAGGUCAGUGACCAGAUUGAUCUGGCCACGCAGCAGCGCAUGCAGCAGCGUGAGCAGCAGCUGAGUUGGGAGAUGACAUGGCUGCAGCAGGAGGUGGUGCACACCAUGGAGGAGCCGCAGAACAGGCUUUUCAGGACAGACAUGCCCUUCACCACAUGGGAAAUGGGACUGUUUGGGGCCUUUGCUGGAGCCCUCAUGCUGCUCUUUGGGCUCUUCUGCAUGUCCAUGCAGCAGGACUUUGAUGACGGAAGCAGUGAUGAGAGCACCUCCAGCAGUGAGGAGGAAGAGGAAGAUCUUGCAAAUGAGUGGGGCGAGGAAAGGUUGCUGGAGCAGAUCAACCAGUGGCCAGUGCAGUGCCUGGCCAAAAGGAGCAAGGUGGUGCAGGCGCUGGUGGAAGACCUCCUCCACGCCUGCCAUCUCCUCACCUCAAAGACUCUCCUGCCACGGCUGGAACCCUGCAUUGGGGUGGGCAGCGCCUUCGAAGGCUGGAGUUCCGACCACGAUACCACCGUCUACAACCUGCUUGUGCCCCUGAAGCCACCAACUGGACAUUCCUUCCACCUGGAGCUGGGCACUGGUGGGGAGCUGCUGGACAGGCAUGGUCGCGUUCGUGUGCAGCUGGAGUGCGUGUGCCAGAGGGAGCAGCUGCUGGGGUACGCGCUGUGCUUCCUGCACCACCCUGAGGUGAAGCUGGGCAGACAUGAGGGCCCUGACUUCCUGCAAUACCUCUGCACACACUCCUACCUGGAUGUGGAGAAAACCUCCUGCUGGCUCCAGCUCGUAGUGAUGAACGCCUGGCUGCUUCUGCCUCCGUCACACCGCUGCAAGCUGAGGCUACUGCCCGCCUCGCGCUCCUGCAAGCUCAGGUUGACCAGUGCCUCCGGCAGGCCCUUGUUCAUUGACAUCUUGCUUGGCGUGCAGCAAGGUGACUCACGGAUUUACCUGACCAGCCAGGAGGCAGAGGCUGGCCUCACCAGCAGCACCAUGUGGCUGGAGAGCUGCGCUGUUCUGGAGGUGCUCUUCUUCAGGGUCAUGGCCAGGCAGGCCCCCAGGGGCAGCUGCCACCUGGAAUGUCUGCAGCUCUUUGCCCAUCUUGUGAGGGGCACCAGCUUUUCCAGCUACUGCUUGAAAACAGUGGUGAUGCACCUCCUCACAACCAUCCCGCUGUCCAGCUGGCACAGGGCACAUAUGGUCGAACGGCUCAAUGAUAUCCUGCACUACCUGCACCGCUGCCUGGAGCGGAAACAGCUUCACCACUUCCUCCUAGGCAACAAGAGGGUGCCCGCAGAGCUCCUUCUGCCACCGGCCUUCCAGACGGCCAGCCCACCCAACCUCUUCCAGCACAUGGCGCAGGAGCAGGACGCCCACGCUCAGGCGCUGCGCGACUUCGGAAAGCUGCAAGAUCAUCUCCAGAGCCUCUUGGAACGACCCUGA